AACGGAUCACAGUGGCACGCUCUGUUAUUGUCCAUUCUACACCGUGUCCUGCGUACAUGUGCAGCGCGUGCUUUCUGUCUUUUGCUCUAUAUUUCCGCAUUUUGUGCUUUAUUGCCAAACAGGAGUUAUUGUAGAAUUUGUUUCUUUCGUUACUCUGUAUUUCCAUUUGAGAUCCUGCUCCGUAUUUCAGGGCACGGUGCUCCGGGUUUUGCGAGGCGCUGUUCUUGAAACCUUCUUUGAUUUUUUUUCCCCUCUAAGGAUGGUUGCGUCGCGGAUUGGUUGGUCGAAGUGGGACUCGGGAGAGAGAGCUGGAAGGCGAGAUCUCUGACUCUGUGCGUCUCCUCGAUUCUCCCUCUCUCGUUCUGUGUCUCUUUUUUUCCGUCUUCGUGUUUACACACCUUGGCAUUGUUGAAGUGGAGCAGUGCGCCGGGAGGAUGCCGGGGCGCAGAUAACAGCGGAGCUGGAGCGUUGCGCACACUGGCGACUGGGCGCUUUCCCUCUCACUUUGUGUAUUUUCUCCUGACUUUGCGAUGCUUCACUGACAGACGCAACUUUGCGUUUUUAAAGCGAGGACAGCUUUAGACCCUUGAGAGCUAAGGAAGUUUGGCUGAUCAUAACACUUUUUUUGAUUUUUCAUUCUCAUUUUUCGUUUAUUCCAUUUUUUGGAAAGGACAUAGAAGUAACGUUUAUUUUGAUCCUGAAACAUUUGUUUUUCUGUUCCGUUCACUUAGUCCCUAAUAAGAUUUGCCUCAUCUUUAAACGCACAUUCAACCGCACAAGUCGGCAUCUGUUUGUACAAACGAGGCAAUUAUCGCGGCAUCAUUCUGUAUUGUUAUUACUGCUCACGGGUCCCCAAGCAAGCACUCUCUUCCCAGGCACUUCGUUUUCAAGGAUCGGUUUAUUAUUUAUUUAUUUAUUUAAUCUACAAGAAACAACUUCCACGUUUAUUUAAACGAAGAGCAUCGGACGUUUGGCAGCGGAGGUGGAAGGAGGAACUGUCCAGGACCCCGGGGCCCGGAGAGUGGCAUAGCCGGGGAGCGAUGCGCACGUCUCGGAUACAGGGCUCCGCGGCGCUCCGUCUCCUGCUGACUUCACUAUGCGCUUGGAGCUUGUCGGAUGCAGGUACUGAUUAUAGCGACCUUCUUCCUGAUUCAUUCCCCUCCGCCCCUGCUGAGCCUCUCCCUGUGUUCCAACAAGAGCCAGAAGAUGCCUACAUUGUGAAGAAUAAGCCAGUGCAGCUGCGCUGCAGGGCCACUCCAGCCACACAGAUUUACUUCAAGUGUAAUGGUGAUUGGGUGAACCAGAAUGAUCACAUCACCAAGGAGAGCCUGGAUGUCAUCACAGGUCUUGUGGUUCGUGAGGUGGACAUUGAGGUCUCCCGGACACAUGUGGAGGAACUGUUUGGACUGGAAGAUUACUGGUGCCAGUGUGUGGCUUGGAGCUCAGCUGGAACUACCAAGAGUCGAAGAGCCUAUGUCCGCAUUGCCUACCUCCGGAAGAAUUUUGAACAGGAGCCUUUAGGGAAGGAGGUGCGCCUCGAACAUGAAGUUCUGCUUCAGUGUCGACCCCCAGAGGGCAUCCCGGCAGCCGAGGUGGAAUGGCUGAAGAAUGAAGAUCCCAUUGACCCGGCUAUGGACUCCAACUUCCUGAUCACUAUUGACCACAACCUGAUUAUCAAGCAAGCCCGGCUCUCCGACACUGCAAACUACACCUGUGUGGCCAAAAAUAUUGUAGCGAAGCGACGCAGCACUACUGCCACCGUCAUUGUAUAUGUGAAUGGUGGCUGGUCCACUUGGACGGAGUGGUCCCCAUGCAACACCCGCUGUGGACGAGGCUGGCAAAAAAGGACCCGGACUUGCACAAACCCUGCUCCCCUAAAUGGAGGCUCCUUCUGUGAGGGUCUUCCAUAUCAAAGGAUUGCCUGUGCCACCAUGUGUCCAGUUGAUGGUGGUUGGACUGAGUGGACUAAGUGGUCGGCCUGCGGCACGGAGUGCACACACUGGCGCAGUCGGGAGUGCCAGGCACCAGCACCCAAAAAUGGGGGCAAAGACUGCAGCGGUCUGCUCCUGGAGUCCAAGAACUGCACUGGUGGGCUGUGUAUGCAGAAUAAAAAAGUUUUUAAUGAACCUAUUAACCAUCGCUUGGAAUCCACUGGCGAUGUAGCACUGUACGCCGGCCUGGUAGUGGCUCUUUUUGUAUUCUUAGUGAUUGUGAUGGCGGUUGGUGUGGUAAUUUAUCGACGGACGUGCCGCAAUUUUGAAUCCGACAUCACAGACUCCUCUGCAGCCCUCACAGGCAGCUUUCAUCCGAUCAACUUUAAACCACGGCACGACAACUCUCACCUUCUGAACACCUCUCUCCAGCCAGACCUAACAGCUAAUGCAGGACUGUACCGAGGGCCUAUGUUCUCACUGCAGGAUUCAGGGGACAAGAUUCCUAUGACCACCUCACCCUUGCUAGAUCCCCUGCCCAACCUGAAGAUAAAGGUCUACAAUUCAUCAACAGUGUCAUCUCUGGGAUUGCCCAAUGGUGACCAAGUCGGCGAAUUUUAUGGUCAAGCAGCUGGCACCUACCCAGGUGGGGGAAUCAAUAGCAAUCAGGUUCGGGACAGUGAAAUAAUGAACAUCAAGAACAAGGCACUUAAUUCAUCCCAUGCCCCACCCAGGGAAACCACCACCACCGUGAGUGGGACAUUUGGGUGCUUAGGAGGCCGACUUUCUAUCCCUAACACAGGUGUAAGUCUCAUGGUGCCCCAGGGUACCAUUCCUCAGGGCAAGUUUUAUGAGAUGUACCUCAUCAUCAAUAAGCAUGAUAGCACUAUGCUACCCUCGGAGGGCACACAAACACUUCUCAGCCCCAUGGUGACAUGUGGCCCCACUGGGAUGUUGCUUUGUCGUCCAGUUGUCCUCUCCCUACCACAUUGUGCUGACCUGGCCUCCUCAGACUGGAUGGUGAAGCUGAAGACACAGUCCCAUCAAGGCAAUUGGGAAGAGGUGGUAACUCUGGACGAGGAGACACUCAGCACACCCUGCUACUGCCAUCUUGAAGCUCAGUCUUGUCAUAUCCUCCUGGACCAGCUGGGCACCUACAGUCUAGUUGGGGAGUCUUACUCGAGUGCCGCUCUCAAGCGUCUCCAGCUAGCGAUCUUUGCUCCCAUAACGUGCUCUUCACUGGAGUACAGCCUCAAGGUUUACUGCAUCGAGGACACGCCGGAUGCACUGAAGGAAAUCCUUGAGGUAGAGAAGACCCUUGGUGGCUACCUGCUUGAAGAGCCGAAGCCUCUGUUUUUUAAGGACAGUUACCAUAACCUACGGCUCUCCAUUCAUGAUAUCCCACACUCCUUGUGGAGGAGUAAAUUACUUGCCAAGUAUCAGGAGAUUCCUUUCUAUCAUAUUUGGAGCGGCAGUCACCGUGCACUACAUUGCACCUUCAACUUGGAGAGGCUCAGCCCAGCCACCAUGGAACUCACCUGUAAGAUAUGUGUACGGCAGGUGGAGGGUGAAGGUCAAAUCCUGCAGGUUCACGCGCUCAUUCAGGAGAAUGUUAUACCAUUUGACCCCUUCCCAGCACUACGGGGUCCCAAUUCCUCCACUCAGGUGGGCCCAUAUGCCUUCCGUUUGCCAUCAUCAAUCCGUCAGAAGAUCUGUACCAGUUUAGACGCUCCCAGCACCCGCAGCAAUGACUGGAGAAUUCUGGCCCACAAACUUGGCUUUGACAGAUACCUGAACUACUUUGCCACCAAGUCUAGCCCGACUGGAGUGCUGCUGGAUCUCUGGGAGGCUUGCCACCAUGAAGAUGCAGACCUCAAUUCGCUGGCCACCGCCCUGGAGGAGAUGGGAAAGAGUGAAGUUUUGGUGGUUAUGACAAGUGAAGGAGACUGCUAACUAGGCAGACCUAGACCCACACUCCCCAAAAACCAGGCCCCCACUUAGAGGUGCAACCAGCACCCUGCAGUCAGGAUGCACGCUGCGACAUGGAAGUCACAAUGAAAAUAGUUGUGUCUAGCUGCCUUCUGGUGGUCUAGGAGACCACACCAGUGAUGAUGGUGUUGUGAAGAGCAUGUGGUCAGGUAUCACAGCAAUCCGCAUCUCAUAAUGAAAUGUUGCAGUUGAUGGAUUCACCUCUGCUCCCUUGUUUGAUCCGUUUUGCGGGCCUUGCCGGCUUCUCAAACUGGGAGACUAACACCGAACAGUUGCCUUAGAUUCAUCAUUCAGUUCUCAACAGUAGAUCAUUGUGUCAAUCCAGUAAGCCACUUCAAUUGACUUUCAGAAAAAGCAAAGGCAAGAAUGGGAGGAUGGAAGGGGGGAGGUGAUGGUUUGGAGUGGGAGGUUUUGGUGGUGGUGAUGAAAAUGCGAACUAUUACAUGAGAAGUUUGAGGGGUACAGUCCUUCAUUCCCACCCUGGACCAACAAAAGGCCUUGCUUUUUGACUUUUAUAGUAAUGUUUGCCAUGAUUGAAAGCAGGAGGAGUGUUGGAGUGACACAGUUGGAUUAGAUGGGUUUUAUGUGUCAGCUCUGAUCUCCUUGCUUCCUGGGUGGGGUGGGGGGGCAUGUGAUGUGAGGGGAACAAAUAAUUGAAUAGCUCUUGGAAAGCAGUAGCAUGCUACAUAUGGUCACUAAGCCUGGAAAUCAAACGACCAUUCACUAGCCAGGUCCAAUCCCCCUGCCUCCUUGUGCUUUCCACCAACAACACGCUUGGCUGACUGCCUACUCUGGAAGGUGCUGCAUUUCUGUUAAAAAAAAAAAAAAAACAAACAAACAAACAAAAAAAAAAAAACUCUGCUGCUUUUCAGUCAGAAUCAGUUUCCUGUAGCGCUGCGGGAAUUAUGAACUCAGGGUACAGUGUUGCUUGGCUCCAGUAUGGAGGAGGUCUUGACCUUGCCUUAGGAAACCUCUUUGUGUACAGGUGUGUGACAUGCUGACACACACCUAAAAUGCUUUGCUAGUGCAGCAUAUUCUUCUUCAGUCGGAAGAGCUGGACGGAAAUGUGGGGGCACUUCAUCGUUUGACUGGGUAAUCACCUUCUUGGGGUGUUGUCAGGCCAUCAGACUGGAACCCAAGAUGGGUGGCCGAUACUGCAAGUACCUCUUGUGCGUAUGUGUGUGCGUGUAUGUGUGGCUCAUGUGAACAGGAAAUUGUCCCCCUCUUUCAUCCUCUCUCUAUUUUCAAGAUAAGCUUCAGACGGCUUCGGAGCCAUUAAGAGUUUCCUAGGAAACGCAAUUUUCAGUUGUUAUCCAGAUUUUUGGAUUUGUUUUUGUUUCUGUUUUCUUGUUAAUUUAGCUUAAUCAGAAACAAAAGUGUUCAUUAUUUAACGAUACCUGCCUAUCUAUCUAUCUAUCUAUCUAUCUAUCUAUCUAUCUAUCUAUCUAUCUAUCUAUCUAUCUAUCUAUCUAUCUAUUAUUAAUAGUUGUGGAUGACCCCCCCACCCCUCCACCCCACCCCAGGGGGUAAAAAUAAAAAAAGGCCUUCUGAACUUUAUUGUAUUUUUCAUUUGAAACUGAGAGGGAGGCAAGCCAUUGUGUUGAUUUCUGAUACCCUUGUGUUUCAUAUUGUCCACAGGAACUCAUUAAUGUCCCAGACUGCCUGGUAAAAGUGAGCAUUGUACGCGGUCUGUUCUGUUGGGCUGGGGGUAAAGAGCUAAGCUGAGCGAAUAGCCACAUCUGUAACAAUCCAUGAAGCUGGUGGGUGGGAUGCAUGGCGGAUGGUUAAUGGUUAUUCAUUAUUCUGUCUGAUUCAAUGUUUUACUCUUGUUAGUCUGCAACAGAUAACAGCUUAUUUUGCUCUGACCAUACUGAAACAGCCCAUCAGUCACUGUAUAUCUUUGUACCUGGCCUGAAACCACCAUUGACUUUUCUUCCGCUAUGUUUUUUUUUUUUUCUGUUUUUUUUUUUUAGCGUCUACACGCUCUGCCCAGAUUGAAACUGUUGAUCAGAUAUUUCACGUUACUAGAGCUGGAGAAGUCAUUUGAUUAUCUCACUGUUUCUCAUUUAAAAUAGCAUAUAUGAUAUCUCUGUCUGCCUGCCCUGAAACAGCCUAUCAGAUAUUUCACUCUGCCUGUACCGAAGCAGCCAAUUAAUUAUCUCACAUUCCCUAGAAUAAAACAGCAAAUCUGACAACUCAGUCUGCCUGGCCUGAAACAGCCAAUUAGAUAUUUUGCUCUGCCUAGAUUGGAAUGGCCAAUCUGAAAUGCUCUUGCACAACUGAAGCAGGUCCAAACUGCUCACUUUGAAUGUAUUGAAACAGUCAAGUUAAAUAUUUCUAAUCGUAAUGUAAGACAUUAAAAUGCAUUAGCUUCUUGGUGGGCUGCGGAUUAGUGCUGCUGCUGCUUCACAGCUCCCUGCUUGAGCUUGGCCUGUGUGGAGUUUUCAUGUAUUUCCAGACUCUACUAGGGUCAUGUUUGGGUUUUCUCAUGUCACCCAAAGACAUGAAGAAAACGUUGUUCUUUGACUCUAAAUUCAUCUUAUUUUGCUGAAUAGUAUCUGAGACACCAUAAAACUGCAGUACAGUAGGCAAGAUCAGGAAGUGGUUGGAUGGAUUAAGAUCAGCUUCCUCAGUUUACCCUUUUGCAUCUGAUCAUAGUUUUUACCUAAAUGUCUCUCAGACUGCCUUGUUUUAGACCACCCUACAGCAGAGAACACCAAAGCCUUUUAACAUUCCUCAGUAUCAAGCAUGCCAAACAUUAUGGGUCUCACCAUUUCAGGGGUCCUUCACUCAUUCGCCAUAUCUUGAAAUAUCUGUCUUCAAUGUGUGUACUGUGAGAUAAUGAAAUGUGUCCAUUAAAACUCUGCAGAGAACAUUUUUGUAUUAGGAAAUUUUGGCUUAGCAAGUCUCAGACAAAAUUGGAGCUGAGUUCACCCAUCUGGAAUAUGAGUUUGUGCCACACGUAGAUGUGAUAACAUGUUUACCUUCAGACUCGUCUCGGAUGUAUUAGGCACAGGACUUUAUAUUUCACGCUUUGGAUUUUCAUGGACAAGCCUGACAAGUUGUAAUGGGUCUGCCAAAAUAUGGAUGCAGGCCCGUGGCACUUGAUUGCAACUUUUUCAAAUCCUAUUGAAUAAGAUCUGCCAGUGAUGACCAUUACAGAGUGUCAGGUGUGAUUGAUUUGCAAUACGUGGAUAAGGGAUUUCCCAUAUUAAAACACCAAGUUCAUACCAUCACUUAAAAGCUAUCUUCUGUCAAUUUUGCACUUUGUGAAGGUGUCAUGGUGUUAAACGUGUCAUAAGCUAAAGAAAAAUGAGCAGGAAGAGCAGCUCAGAUUUUACAUUGGUACUUGUCUCCUUGUUAGAUGCCACGUUGACCAAAUGAAAAUGAAAGGUUAGUCAGAAAGUAAAGUGCUGGCUAGCCUGGCUGGCAUGUACUUUGCUCUUUGUGACUCGUCAAAAAAGUUGUACAAACGCAUAGACAUUUAACCGUUUAUGUGGCCCACAUACAGUCCUUUAUCCAGCCUUUCAUUGAUGUGGACUCCUCUAAUUAUUGUUUGCCCCCAAAAGACCAAGUGUGGUUCUUUUUGCUUUUGGUGCGCCAAUUUGGUCUUUGGUUAUGGGGGAUUAUGAAGAUUAAGAGAGGAAACUCCUGUGGAAUUUUCACUGGUGCAACUUUUUUUAUCUUCUCAUGAAGAUGCUUAGUGCAAAUAUGAACAUCAGAUGUAAAGGCAGGUGCAGUGGCCAGUGUGUCUUAGUCAGGACGUCUCAUUAUGAACCAGCAGUUACCUAUAUCAGAAAAUAUUGGCUCAUUUUUAAACAGAAUAACAAAGGUCAGUGUGCAGACCAGCAUUCAAUGUAUAGGGCUAUUAUGAGCACUAUGUGAAUACUGUAGUGUGAACCAGGAGAUAUCUAUAAAGACCAAAUAAUGAUGUAUUGAAAGUGGUCUUUUGAGCUAAUGUUGGUGCUACGUUAAAAAUCAGUUGAUCUGAUUCCUUAUAAAGGUAAAUGUAAGAAUAUCAAUGUAGGCCACCUAUUGGUGGCCUGUAAAAUGGGAAUUCAGCACUCAGUGUGCAUCAGUCAAUCUGAUUCUUUGAAAGGAUGAUGCUGGUCAGGGUCAGAUAGGACUAAUAUUGGGACCACAUACAACAUGAAUCUUUGAAACAGUGGACCUUGAAAUAGCAAUAUUAGCCAAAGAGUGGCAUCUUAUAAACCGGAGAUUGAAUGGUCAGUGGGUGUCAGACCAUCUGAUGAUUUAAAAUGAUUGAACCCAAGGACAGCUGAGUAUUGCUAAUGUAAAAGAUGGGCUAAUGAGUCAGUGGGUGUCAGUCGCUCUCUUUCACUAAAAGUGUGAAUCUGGAGAUGCUUGUAAAGGGCAAAUGUUGGAAAAUUUUAAAAUGGGGAUACUGAGGUCAUUGUGCAUCAGUUAAUCUGAAGCUAUGAAAAAAAAAAGGUUUAGUGUUAGCAGCUUGUAAAGUGAGGACAUCAUGGUCAGUCUCUUGUCAGUUAAUCAAGUUUGGACAUAAUUAUAUUUAUAUGGGGUUAGUGCUGACAUCAGGGAAAAGUUGGGUACAUUGUCCAUAGUGUCAGUCGUGACCCAAUUCCUUAAAAGGAUGAACCUGUGGUUAUCUCUCUAAGGCAAAAGUGGUUACAACUGUCAGUAUACAUUAGUCCAUCUGAUGUUUCCAAAGACUGAACCUGGAGAUUAAUGUGUGAGACUAUUAUUGUAAAAGAAGGACACAUUGGUCAUUGUAUGUCGAGUGGUUGAAAGAGUGACAGUGGAGGUGGAGGUGGGAACCACUUAAAAGUGGUGAAUCUAGAAAUGUGUGUACAGUAUGUGAAGCGCACUGUAUUACAGGCAAUGUGACUGACACAGUAGGGGUACAAUCCAUGGCCUGUAAACUUGGGGACCACACUUCUUUUGCAGUUUCAGGAUUGACUCUGGUUUUACUGGACCCCCCGUUACUUGUUUUUGGACUGUUGACAUCUUUAGGUUGUAUGUUCAACGGUGGAGUAGUGCUCCCAGCAUUCUUCCUUACUGUGUUAUUUAGGUGGGUCAGCUAAUGUGUGGCUCAGUUUAUAGUUCUGGGUUCACCAGGCCCAAUGCCCGUCCAGCAACCAAACAGUAUAGGUGCAGGUUGAUCUUUAAGCGCCAGAGCACCAAGCACGGGAGAAAAGAUGGAGCAGACACAACCCAAGCUAGCCAUAUCGAUCCACAUCUGUGCCCUUUUUCACAUCCUGAUGUCAUCUAUUGCUGCCCAGUAUAGUCCUUUCAGUCAGGGGCCUUUUUUGUAGGUUCUGGAAGCAGUAAUAUUCCUUGACGCAGUUAGCUUCAGGCCAGGUGGAACUGACUGACUUGUGGCAGAAAAAGAGCCAGUGGGAUGCCUGUCCCCCAUUCUGGUUUUAAAUGUUUUUAUUAUUUAUUUUAUUAUUGUUAUUAUUAUUAUUUCUUAAUAAAAGUCAAUGGAGGCCAAGCGUACUCUGGGACCAUCAGCCAUUGUCAACCUAUUCUACUGUUGCUAAAGAAAUUAUGGCACUUUUAUGUUGUCAUAACUGUUAAUGUUAUCAUCCUGAUUGAAGAAAAGUGUUUAAUUCAUGAAAACAAAACCAAAACUUAAACAGUAUCUACACCUUGACAUAUGUUAUCGGGGAACAUUUCAUAUUUUUAUUUUUUUUUGCUUUUUAUCAUUUGAUACUUUAAUUUUCUUUGGAUUUUUUGCAAAUUCUAAGUACUAUGCAAGUACAAGCAUUGAAACAUUUUGGAUAAUUUACUGUACAGAGGGGAGGUACAUAUUUUAGCAGCAAAGAGGGGAAAUAAAUAAAUUGUGUGCCUCAUGCUUCAUGAUUGAGGAUAAGUCAGAGGGCGAGAAACGGCAGCCUGUCCUGCCUUCAGGUAUCUUAUGGGCUAUAGUUAAAACUCAAUUUAAAAGUUUGGAAAUAAAAUUACUGCUGUCUUGCAGGGGCUAAAUCCACCUCUGACCUAAUCCUAAUUCACUGAAAUAACAGGGCUCACCUAUUUAUAUGGAUUUUAAAAUGCCUUUUAUUGAUACAUACCCAAGAUGCAUUGCUGCAUUGCAGCCCCCACUGAUUCAGAGGGACAUCCCUACCUGCACACUUGCUCGCCAAGCAGUUGAGUGUGUUGAGCAAUCAUGGUGGCCUGCAUUCAAGCAAAAGGGGUAAGCAAGGUAGGAUUUGGGGAGGGCUUCAGUGUGGAGCCCGUCUUCAACGAAAUGUCAACCUCCCCUCUCUGCUCCAGUGCCCCCGAUGCAACCUUACUUUUUGAGAUUUGUAAGCAAUAGAAUAUGCUAGAAGCAGUCAGCUCCUCUUUUUAAGCUGAAAAAAAGUGUUUGUUUUAUUCUGUAAACUACCAAUUGUAAAUAUGCGUUUAGCCUUCUUGUAACAAAAAUCAUUUUUAUGCAAUAAAUUAUAUUUCCUAGUUUAACAAGAAAAA